AUGGACAUGCACCGACACAGGCAGGCCACCGACAUGAUGUUCACCCUCUUGGCAGGCACUCCUGCAAUGCGAGUGUAUGGAAAGCAACUCCUGCAUCCAGCUACGCGCACAUUCGGCUGCGCAGCAAACAUGCUACCGAGCUACCCGGCAGCCAAUCCACAGUUGCUUAAGAAGAUCGGGUUCAAGGGCAGUCCAGACCAAGAUGCCUCACGUCUGCUUGCCGGCAUUCCAGUUGAUCGGUAUUCCGGAGGAGAUCCCUCGCUGGGGGAGAAGUGUGCGGCUGAGGAUCUUAUCAAGACUUUACCACCCGGUGUUGCCGUGGCAGCACUUGCCUUGAAUCAUCCCUCCGUAGAACGAAUGGGUCUGAUCAAUGCUUCGCCUUCUUUUGAGGAACUCUUCGGCUACCAUAGACAGGAGCUCUUGGGUAAGAAUGCCUUGCGACUGCUGUGCGAUGGUCGUGUGGAUCCGGCGCUUGAGCUUCAGCUGGAACUUGUCUCUAGCAGCCUCCGCCCGCAUCUUUCUGGAGCCCUUCCUGUGACGUUGCGCCGGAAGACGGGUGAGCUGGUGGAUAGCCUCGUCAUGAUCACCAGGCUCAAAUCCUCGCCGGAUGUGCUCCUGAUGCUCUACGUGGACAGGAUGUCAACGCCGAACGCCGAGGAUCGGCUCCUUGCCCAGGCAAAAGCCCUGGAUCGCGCGCAGAGCCAGCUCUGA